AUGGGUUCGGUUUGGUUUGCAGAGCUGUACGAGGAUCGGCAUAUAUGGAUUCCGGUUUACUUGGAUCACCACUUUUGGGCCGGGAUGAGAAGCACGCAAAGGAGUGAGAGCAUGCAUUCAUUUUUCAACAAGUUCAUCACACGGAAUAGCUCCUUGAGACAAUUCGUGAAGCAAUACGACAAUUGUCUAGCAAGUAGAGAGCAAGCAGUGAGAGAAUUCGAUGCUGCAGAUUUUCACACCGUGAUACCGUGUUCAACAAAAUCAACAAUAAAGGCACAGUUUCAGCAUGUAUAUACCCAUGAGAAGUUCAGAAAAGUUCAAACUCAAUUCAGAGGUUUCACAACAUAUGAAGUCAUAGAGCAGGUAUCCAACUCCACAUUCAACAAGUUUGUCGUCACCUACGACGCAGUAUCACGAGAUGUAAAGUGCCAUUGCUUGCUGUUUGAGUCUAGGGGCAUAUUGUGCCUCCAUUCCCUAAGCGUCCUAAGCUUUGAGCGAGUGGAUAACGUGGCACCGAAAUACAUAUUGGAACGUUGGAGCAAGAACACAAAGAGGAGGCAUACACACAUCAAGAGUAGCCAAGAUGAACCUCUACUGGGGCCAAGAAGUAAGAGAUUUGACGAAUUGGUGUUUCGGUCACACAAUAUAUGUGAAUUUGCAUCUGAGUCUGAAGAGUUGACCGGAAUUUUGCACCGAGCAUUUGACAAGGUCAUGGUGGAGAUGGAAGAAUAUCAAGAGAGAAGCAAAGGAAAAAGUUUGUUAACCCACGAAGAAGCGACAUUAAGCAACGUGAAUGACUGA